AUGAGCUUGGUAGAAACCAUUCAUGUUGGUCUGGACGUCACUAAGCUCAAUUGUACUACCGUUACUAAUCUGCCCUGCCGCCUGUGUAAUCGCCGUUUUGGCCGCAGCCCUGAUCUGUUGUUCGGCGGUAUCGUUGAAAUUGGUAACUGCUUGGGGAAGCUUGUCGACUGCUUCUUGAAGUUGCUUUUUGACUUGAGUGAAUUUGGUAUGAAGCUCCUGAACCUCUGUCUUCACUCCGCCGAUCGCAGUGUCCACGGCUUGGGCGGGGCUUCCGGGUUGGCCAGGAGGGAUGCCGGGUCUGGUACUCGCAUCGUCAAGCUGACUGUGAAGGUCCCGAGCAAUCUUUAG